UGGUCGGCCACACACUGCUGCUGAGCUGCUGGGCCGGCGGAGGGGUGGUAGGCGCAACCGUGUCGGGCAAACGCACCAGACGCCGCAAGCGAGCGGACGCGACGGAGGAGCCGCGGUGCGGGGACCGGCGCACGGCUAGCACGAGCUCGGACGGGGAGCAACCGCAGGGUGCGGGUGCAGGGCUGGGGAUCGGUGUGGAGGAAGCUGCCGGCAGCAGCAGCUCGGUGCCGGACGAGCAAGCCAAGGGUGAGGAAACAACAACAGCAUCAGCAGCAGCGACGACGGCGGCGACGACAACGAUCCUAGCGGAAGGGGAAGGUGCCGAUUCCGCCCUCGUGCCCGGCACAACCGCGCUCGACACCGAGGAGCGAGUGACGCCGGAGGAGAAGGAGGAAGCGGAACCGAGGGGGCAGCGUGACCCGGCCGACGGUGACGGGAGUGGCCACGGUAACAGCGGCUCGGCCAAGCAGAAGCGCACCGGCGCCGACAGCAGCAGCACGUGCGGGUCAGACGGAGGAGGCGGGCGGGCGGCGGCGGCGGCGGGUGGUGGUGGCAUCGCUGGUGGAGUAGCCGAGCGGCCGGACCGACUCGGACCGGACGGCGACAAUCAGCCCGAACCGCACCGGCAGCAAGACCAAGCGGAGGAGGAGGACGGUGGAGACGCAGAGGAGGGAAGCGAGCAACAGGAAGCGGCACGAGGGCAGCAGCAGCCGGGCCGGGACGCCAGCGCGAGCAGCAUGCCUGUGCGGGUGGAUAUAGUGCCGCCGCCGCCGAACAACUCCAAACAGCUCGGCGUCACCAAAUCGCUCCUGUACAAUGGUUCUAAGUUUCGCGGCUCCCAGAAAUCGAAGGGCAACGCGUACGAGGUUGAAGUGGUGCUGCAGCACGUUGACGAAGCAAACUCUUAUCUGUGCGGAUAUCUCAAAAUCACCGGGCUGACGUUCGAGUUUCCCACCCUGACGACCUUCUUCGAUGGUGAAAUUAUCUCGAAAAAGUAUCCCUUCCUGACGCGCAAAUGGGACGCGGACGAGGAUGUAGAUAGAAAGCAUUUUGGAAAAUUUGCUGCCUUCAGCGAGUACCAGAAGACGUUCAACUCGGACGACUUCGACUACGAUGCGCUAGCGAAGAGUGACUACGUGUUUAUGCGCUGGAAGGAACACUUUCUGGUACCUGAUCACAAGAUAAAGAACAUCAACGGUGCGUCGUUCGCCGGGUUCUACUACAUCUGCUUCCAGAAAUCGCAAGCCGUUAUGGAGGGUUACUACUAUCACCGCUCCUCCGAAUGGUACCAGUCGCUAACGCUGCAGCACGUGGCCGAAUCCUGUAUUCAAAUUUACGAGUUUAGAUAAUUUCCCGUCGUCCCCCUGCAGCCAAACGGGAGGAUGAGAGUGCUGGUGUGGUGAUGGUGGUGGUGGUCGACAAUGCAAUUGCCGGUGGGUGCGGGUGGGGUAAAGGUAAACCCCACUAGCUGGGGGUUUUCUUACCAGUAAGUGACGCUAACCACACACACACACGCACACACACACGUGUACACGUUGCUAGAUUUUGAAUAGUUUUUCUUUCUUUUUCUUCUUACGUUUUAAGCCACAGUAUGGCAAUUGCGACGGAAUGCGUCCAAAACUUAGCUACUAGCAUCAAAAACACGCAACAAAUUACCGACAACGAAAUGCCGGACGUCGUGCCGGCCGGAAGAAUUAGCCUAUUAGCGUAACAGAACAUGGGGGGAGGGGAAUGGGAUAAUGGAGGAAAAACGGAGAAAACGUGAGAAAACGGAUGGUUCAAGUAAAAUUAGCACAACGAACAAAACCAGCAAACACAUUUUUGACCACACACACGAAAACAAAAAAAAAACAAAAAAAAAAGAAAUCUUAUCGUAACGCAAGAUAACAAAACGUAACGAAGGCGGCAAAAUGAAAGAAAAGGAUAGGAUUGUUGUUUUUUUUUUCAAUUAUAUAAUAGUUUAAAAUUUAAAUCCGCUCAUUGCUAACUUUAUGUACGUUAGUUAUGUAUAACAAAUACCUUUUUUUUUUAAAGUAGAAACUAUUAUUAAAUUAUCGCUCGUGGGCAUACCGAUAAGUGUGGUUGCCUGUUCUGUGUGAGUGAGUGUGUGUGUGUAGAAAUUUCAUUUCUACAUUUUUUUUUUCCUUACAAAAUGAUAAACAGACACAAGCUUACAUAUUUCAGCAGGCAAUAUUUUGCAGGGAACCAGUUUAUACUCACUCACACACACACACACACACACACACACACACACACACACACACACACACACACAUUACAGGAUUUUCCAGGAGUUCUCGUAGCUGUGGGACACUUUAUAAACACUUUCUUGCGUGAAAUGAACUUAAUGUAAUGGGAAUUGGACUCUCUAGCAUCCUUGUUGAACAAAUCCAACUGGAAUUUCUAGGAAUAGAGUCAAAUUUCCAACAUGAAACUUCAUUCACUUCCACUGGGGAAGAGUGUAGGAAGUGUCCCAUAACUAUGAGAACCCGUGGAAAACCCUGUAUAGAAAGGAAUAAGGAGUUUUCGAUUUUACGGGUUGCGCUAAUAUUACAUUAUACCGUUGCCCGUCAAGGGUUGUAAUUGUACAUUAAUUGCCUGCUGCUCUUUGGAUACAUUUUUGCUACAUUUUGUUGAAAAAGUUUCUCGCCGACCUUCUUCAGAGUGGUCAGAGCUAUCGUUCACAAGGCAAUAAGGUGUGUGCUUGUGUGUGUGUGUGUAUGUGUGACAGCGUGCGGGAGUCAAUGUACAGAUAAGACAGUUUAAGAAGACAUUAAACCAUAUAACAAACGCCCGAAAGCUGUGCCCGGGCGAGGAGAAAGCUCCGAUACAUGCAAUAGCUACUAGUUGUAAUGUAGUGUCCUAAUCUGCCUCCUGCACAAAAAUCAUGCAGUGAAACCCGAACAUAGCAACAUAGCAGCAAACAAACAAACAAGAAAAAGACAAAUGAAAAAAGAUGAAUUCAAAUGUAAUUAAACGCAGUAAUAACCACGUGUUUUCCCCCCAUUUUACCAUGUUAAUGUUAAUAGAAAGCUCCCCCCCCCAAAACAACAGCAACAAAAACCCAACCGGCACACACUUCAGAACAAAAGUAAAGGAGCAUGGGGCAUAGUUGACUCAAGCCAAGGCACACGUAACGCGUAUUGAGCCAAUAAAGCAAAGUAAAUAGUAUAACUCUUAAAAAAAGACUGUAAAGGAAGAAAAACACGUGCUGUGGUGUGGCGUAGAGUGUCGCAAUCGCUCUCUUUCUAUCUCUCUCUCUCUCUCUCUCUGAGUGUAUGUGUCCUGGGGUGGACCAGAGGCGGACACACUAGCAGGUUGUAGAAAGUAAGCGAUAACAAACAAAUAAUAAAACAAAAAGCAAAUAAAACUGACGCACCCAGGCUAGCGUAAUGUACAUUGCAGCGGGGUCAGCUGCUGCGCAAAAGUGUGCGCACUUAACAAUCGCGGCCUCCCCCCUUGACUUAACGAACGGGUCGAAGCCCGCUCACAAUCGUCUGGCCGCAAAAGGUCAAGCAAUCGCCUGUACCCCCAGCGCAAUCAGGUAGGGCGGCAAAACGGGCAAACGCCAUGCGAGACGCGAGAUAAGACGCGCACAAACCAACCAUUUGCAGAUAUUUAGAAGAGCAAUAUUGAGGCGGCGAUAGUGUAGGAAUUUGGCUGUUGGCACGUGUACAUCCUUUCGUUUUUAGGGCCGUUGUUUUCCAACCAACCAUCCCAGGUAACUGCGACGCAAAAUGGUGAUGCCCCCGCAUACAGUUGGACGCACAGCAGCAAUUCCGUUCGUGUCGCUUUCGGAGCGGCUCUUCACGAUGAGUCCUCCCCAACCCCCCCCCCCCCCCCCCCCCCAAAACAAGGCGAGAUAAAGACUUGAUUGUUGUAUGUGGACAUGGGCACCAACCAAAGAAAAAACAACAACAAAACUAAGAUGAAUUAUCUUACAUAAUCGCAAGUGUAGCAGUUACCGUGCUGGAGAUUGUGUGUAUGCUGUGUGUGUGUGUGCUUUUUUCGUUCUAUUCGUUCUCUAUAAAUAGACCCGGGGCGGGGUGAACAACCUCUUUGUAACAGAACAGUGUAUUUUACGUUAACUAACAGCUAGGCUCCUCUCGUUAAUGGCGCUUUACUAUAUUUUUGCUGUUAUGCUGUGUGCCUCCCAUCUCCCAAUCAAGCAAAGAAUGUGAAGUAUGCUUAAUUAAAAAAAAAAAAAAAAACAUUACUGAAAUGUGUAUUCUCAUCAUCUGGUACUAAAAAAAACAAAACAAAAAAAAACAAAUGGCCAAUGAGAUUUGGUUUGAGGGAUGAAACACGAUGUUGUGGACUGUUUUGAGACGGAAGAGAUACUGUAAAGAAAUAUAUACAUAUUGAUAUAAACAGAAGCAGUAAGCGAA